ACCAUAAUACAACACAACUCCAUCAUGAAACCUAAAGUCACACACACCAUAAUCACCACUUAACCCCGCCAAUUCUUCCAAUAAUUCACAUACAACACUUGCCACUUCCCAACACACAUAAUUUCCUAUCACCUUUCAACCACAUCGCCGUUUUGCCAAACACCACACAUUAGUAACAAAUUUCCAUAACUAUGGGGUUUUCAAAAAAAAGCACAACAACUGCAGAUUUAGUAAAGCAGCUAUUAGCAAAACUGAUCCAACUAGCUGACCAAGUAAUCAAAGCAGUUGAUGAAGGAAAUUUAUCGUUCAAACAAGAAUGUUUAGUAGUCAAAUCCAAAAUAGAAAAACUCGCUUCACUUCUCCGACAAGCAGCAACAUCAAGCUCCAUUUUAAACGAACGACCAGCUCGUCGCAUCAUCGGCGACACCGAACAAGUCCUCGAAAAAGCACCUGCCUUAGUCCUCAAAUGCAAAGUCAACGGUCUCAUGAAGCGUGUUUUCAGCAUAGUACCUUCCGUCGCUUUCCGCAAAAUGUCUUCUCAUCUCGAAAAUUCAAUCGACGAUGUUUCCUGGCUCCUCCGUGUCUUCGCUCCGACGGAGGAAGGUGGAUACGAGUAUCUAGGUCUUCCACCUAUCGCUUCUAAUGAACCGAUUCUAUGUCUAAUUUGGGAACAGAUUGCGAUUCUUCAUAAUGGCUCUGUUUAUGAUCGAUCUGAUGUUGCUGCUUCUUUGGUUUCGCUUGUUCGCGAUAACGAUCGGAACAGGAAAUUGAUAAUUGAAGAAGGUGGUGUUGGUCCUUUGUUGAAACUUAUUAAAGAAGGUAAAAAGGAAGGUCAAGAAAAUGCUGCUAAAGCUAUUGGGCUUUUGGGCAGAGACGCUGAAAGCGUUGAUGUUAUGAUUCAUGCCGGUGUUUGUUCGAUUUUCGCUAAGAUUCUUAAAGAAGGUCCUAUGAAAGUUCAAGUUGUUGUAGCUUGGGCUGUUUCUGAACUUGUUUCUAAGAAUCCUAAAUGUCAAGAUGUUUUUGCUGAGCAUGAUAUUGUUAGGUUACUUGUUAGUCAUAUUGCAUUUGAAACUGUUCAGGAACAUAGUCAUUCAAGUCGGAUUGGGAACGGUGAUACCAAGCCAAGUUCUUCGUAUUUGUUAGAGAAUCGGUAUUCUGGCAUUAACAUCAACGAAAUGGAACUUGAAGAUUCGGAGAGUAAGGCUGACAUGAAAGCAAUGGCAGUGAAAGCUCUUAUGUUUUUAGCAAAGGAUAACUCUGCGAUUUGUCGUAGCUUAAUAGAAUCAAGUGCUUUGUUAUGCUUAGCUAUUCUCCUUGAGAAAGGACCUGAAGAAGUGAAGUACAAUUCUGCCUUGGCAUUGAAAGAGAUUACUGCAGUGACUAAGAAAGACGCUGAGUUGAGAAGAUCAGCGCUUAAGUCGAAUUUUCCUGCUUGUAGAGUCGUUGUCAAUCAAGUGAUCGAUAUUAUUGACAAAGAAGAUAAGAAAUUUUUGAUUUCUUGCAUUAAGGUUAUUGGGAGUUUGGCAAGGACAUUCACGAAAAAUGAGAAAAGGAUAGUUGGUUCAUUGGUUCAAUUUCUCAACGAAAGAGAGGAUGAGGUAUCCAAAGAGGCUGCAGAUUCACUCGCAAAAAUUGCCUGCUAUAAUAACUACCUCCACCUCUAUCACUCUAAGGCGAUUAUAAGCUCUGGUGGUGUAACACACUUGGUUCAACUUUUGUACUUUGGCGAGCAGUCAGUACAGCAAUCAGCCUUGAUUCUGCUAUCCUAUAUUGCAUUAAAUGUGCCAGACAGUGAAGAACUUUCUAGGGCCGAGGUUCUUGGAGUUCUUGAAUGGGCAUCCAGACAACCUAAUGUGACUCAAGAUGAAACCACCAUAGCUCUGUUGCAAGAAUACAAGUGUAGACUGGAGCUUUACCAGUCUAGAGGUUCAAGAGGGUUCCAAAAUUAACAUCAAUAGGAAGAG